AGUUAAGGGGCAGAGAGCCUCCCCUCCUCACUGCUCUAUAAAAGAGACCCAGCAAAGGGACCCUACCAGCUUCUAGCUCUCAGCCUGGGCGAAGGUGUGGGAAGCAAAGCCUGAGACCUUCAGGGAGGAGCAUACCAGCUGCAGAAGCCAGGCCAGCAUGUCUCCUUCUUUCAAACUUCAGUGUCACUUCAUUCUGAUCUUCCUGAUGGCUCUAAGAGGGGAGAACCGGUACCUAGAGCUGCGGGAAGCGGCGGACCACGACCCUUUCCUGCUCUUCGGCGCCAGCCUGAAGCGGGAGCUGGCGGGGGCGCCUCUGUACCGCCGCGCUCUGCGGUGCCUGGACAUGCUGAGCCUCCCGGGCCAGUUCACCUUCACCGCCGACCGGCCGCAGCUGCACUGCGCCGCCUUCCUCAUCGCCGAGCCCGAAGAGUUCAUCACCAUCCGCUACGACCUGGUCUCCAUCGACUGUCAGGGCGGCGACUUCCUGAAGGUAUUUGAUGGUUGGAUUCUUAAGGGGGAGAAGUUCCCCAGUUCCCAGGAUCAUCCUCUCCCCACAACUGAGCGAUACAUAGAUUUCUGUGACAGUGGUCUUAGCCGAAGGAGCAUCAGAUCUUCCCAGAAUGUGGCCAUGAUCUUCUUCCGGGUUCAUGAACCAGGAAAUGGAUUCACCUUCACUAUAAAGACAGAUCCCAACCUCUUUCCCUGCAAUGUGAUUUCCCAGACCCCCAGUGGAAGGUUUACUCUGGUUGUCCCGCAUCUGCGGCAAAACUGCAGCUUCUCCAUAAUUUAUCCCGUGGCGAUCAAAAUAUCAGAUCUCACCCUGGGACACUUAAAUGGUAUGCAGUUCAAGAACCCCUCAGCAGGUUGUGGGGGAAUAGGAGACUUUGUGGAGCUGCUGGGAGGACCUGGGCUGGACCCUUCCAAGAUGAUGCCUUUGGCUGACCUCUGCUAUUCCUUUCAUGGCCCUGCCCAAAUGAAAAUUGGCUGUGACAACACGGUGGUGCGCAUGGUGUCCAGCGGAAAGCACAUAAAUCGUGUGACUUUUGAGUACCGCCAGCUGGAACCAUAUGAACUGGAAAACCCAAGUGGAAACAGUAUCCAAGAAAUCUGUUUGUCUAGUCCUUGAGUAACCAACCCCAGUGAUUUACAUGCUGCUAGCUAAGUGAGUUUUUAAUAGCUAUUAUAUAUGAUUUUGAUGACCAGCUAGUUAAAAGCCUUUCAUACUCAGUAUUCCCAGGCUUCAGCACACAUUAGACACAUACCCAAAACACACACACAGACACCUCCGUGUGUGCACAAGCGUACAUUAAUUUUUGUACCUUGCUUUUUCAUUGUAAUAUAUGAAUGACCACGUGGCGGCAAAUA